AUGCCAGAGAUUAUCGCCCACCCUUUGGAAGCGGGCUCCGCCUGGCUGAGCGAUAAGCACUCGUUGACAAGGCCAGCCAACAACUUUUACGUCACGACCCCAAUCUUCUACGUGAACUCAGUCCCGCACAUCGGCCACUUUUACUCGAUGCGGUACCACGAGCUCCUGGGCAAGACACACGGGCUGAAGAUCCAGCAGGCAGCCGAAAAGGCCCACGAGCAGCCGCUAGCCUUCUGCACAAAGUUUUCGGACCGACCAUCCAUAAGGCGGUGCAGCAUUUCUGGAACGUCCCUGGGCGAGCACUCGGGCUGGUACGCAAUAGAGGAGCGGAUCGAUCCGAAGACAGGCAAGCCGGGCAUGUUUGCGAUCGAGUCAGAGGUCAACUACAAGUUCCGGCUGUCAGCGUUCUGCGACAAGCUGAUCAGGUGGAUCGAGGAGACCCCAGAUGCGAUUUACCCAGAAAUCCGCCGCAACGAAGUCCUAGGAUGGCUGCGUGAUGGCAUGGACGAUCUCCGCCUGCAGUGGGGCAUCCCGGUGCCGGGUGACGCCGACCACACAAUAUACGUGUGGGUUGACGCGCUCUGGACCGCUGCCAAUACUCCGCGCUUCUUCCCGCCCGAUCUCCAGGUCAUCGGCAAGGACAUUGUGCGCUUUCAUGCCGUGUACUGGCCUGCGCUGUUGAUGGCCGCUGGACUUCCAUUGCCGAAGCGCAUCCUGGCGCACGCGCACUGGACGAUGCAGGGACAGAAAAUGUCCAAGAGCAAGGGCAAUGUAGUCGAUCCAUUCCAGGCCAUCGCCCAGUACGGCCUAGACCCGAUCCGGUACUUUAUGAUGCGCAACGGUGGAAUAGCCGACGACGGCGACUACUCGAAUGAGCAGGUUGUAGUCCGCUACAAGAAGGAUCUGGUCGGCCAGCUCGCCAACCUCGCUGCACGCUGUCUAUCAGAACGCCUUGGAGCUGACCUGAACAUGCCUGCAAAGGUCAAGGCACAGUUUGACACCGGCGAGUUCGGCCGCGGGCUCUCAGUCAUUUUCGAUGCACUGACGACGGCCAACCGCCAUGUGUCUGAUUCGGAGCCCUGGAACAUCGUCAAGCGCACCGAUCCAGAGUCGAAGGCGCGGCUCCAGGCUGUGCUGUUCUACUCACUCGAGGCUGUGCGGCUCGCCAGCAUCAUGAUCCAGCCAGUUAUGCCUGACAAGGCCGCACAGGCUGCUGGACCAUCUUGUGGGAAAGACGUGGAGUUCGGCAGGGGGUGGCAGUCGCCUGGGCCGAAAACGCAGGUGCCUGGUGUCGCCCAGCUGUUCCCGAAGCUCGAGUGA